GCUACGUAGCUCCAUGGCCGGUGACAGUAGCGCUCAGAACGAUGGGGCAAACAAAUAUUUUCAUAGUUUCGAGGAUAAAUGAAAGCUUCGAGAAGGCUGACCUGUUUGUCAGAAUGCUGAACAUAUGACUAAAGAAAACUGGACACCUAGAUUGAUGGCAGCAUUAGCAGUGUUGCGUCAUGCUAGCAGUAGUCCUCUGCUAUGGGGCUGGGGGCCUGUUCUUUUUGUUCUGCUGGGCUCAGUGUUGGUCCUUCUGCUCCCUCUAGUGGGGGUUGAGGAGCAAUGCUGUGCCAGACUGAAGGGUAUCUCCCUCUUGCACUGCCAGCUGUGGGGCAACACUCCACGCCCUAUAGGCCACUCCACAAGCCUCACUGUGCCCUUCACAGCUCUUGAGCUCCUGCCUCAAAAGCCCAAGCCUAGCAAAGAGACACAGUUGGAGGCAAAGGCAGCUCUCCAGCAGGCCCUGGAGAUGAAGAAACAAGGGAAAAGGGAGAAAGCCCACAAACUGCUCAUCCACGCACUUAACAUGAACCCUGACUUUGUGGAUGCCCUAACAGAGUUGGGGAGCAUUUUAGAAGAGGAGAAGGAUGUGGUUCAGGCUGACCACCUGUACAGCAAAGCGCUUGCCAUUUCACCAUGUAACCAGAAGGCGCUAGUGAGCCGGGACCGCACGCUCCCCCUGGUGGAGGAAAUUGAUCAGCGGUACUUUGGAAUUAUUGACAGUAAAGUACGACGUCUUAUGUCCAUCCCUAAAGGCAACUCGGCUCUGCGACGGAUUAUGGAAGAAACCUACUACCACCAUAUAUAUCACACUGUGGCCAUCGAGGGGAACACGCUCACGCUGUCCGAGAUUCGCCACAUCAUCGAGACGCGCUACGCUGUGCCGGGCAAGAGCCUGCAAGAGCAGAACGAGGCCAUUGGUGUGGAUGCAGCAAUGAAGUACAUCAACACCACGCUUCUGUCACGCACUGGCACCAUCACUAUUAACGACAUCCUAGAGAUCCACCGUCGCGUGCUAGGAUAUGCAGACCCGGUGGAAGCAGGCCGCUUCAGAACUAACCAGGUGUUUGUGGGACACCAUAUUCCGCCUCAUCCAAGCGAUCUGGACCGGCACAUGCAGGAGCUGGUGCAGUGGUUGAACUCAGAGGAAGCGGUUCACCUUCACCCAGUGGAAUUCGCAGCUCUGGCCCACUACAAGCUGGUCUAUGUGCACCCGUUUAUAGACGGGAACGGACGGACAUCACGGCUGCUGAUGAACCUGGUGUUGAUGCAGGCCAGCUACCCUCCAAUCACCAUCCGAAAGGAGCAGAGAGCGGAGUAUUAUGCUGCCUUGGACACAGCAAAUGAGGGUGAUGUGAGGCCGUUUAUACGCUUUAUUGCGAAGUGCACAGAGAUCACGCUGGACACGCUGCUCAUAGCUACCACUGAGCAUGCAGUCGGACUUCCCGGGGCAAGCAGUCAGGCCUGUCUGAACUGUAAGCGGACCAUACCUGCUCAUAACUGAAUUCCCAAAAUUGUCCUAGCAUAAGGAUCAUCCUUGGUCACUUAGGACACUGUCUAAUAGAUAAUUAUAACAUUACAAUGGGAAACUUGGCCACGUUCUGGUCUUCAUAAAGGUCCAGGCUUUUGUUCCGACAGAGGUCAUUCUUGAGAUGUUACUCUUUAGUAGGAACAAAGGCCUGAUCUCGCUCUGGCCCUUUGUGGAUAAGAUGGCAUUGAAAUUAUAUCUUGGCAAGACAGAAGAACAUUUUAAAAUCUAAUCAAUGUCUAAUAGUUCUAAUUUUAAGAAGACUUCAACUUCUUUUCCUAAAUAUUUUUGCUUGUUUUAAGUAAGGCUGAAUGUUUUGGGGAAAAUACAUAAUUGUGAUUUUCUGUUCAAUAUUGUGACAGUGAUUUCAAUUGUGAGAUUAAGGUCCAGGCCUGUUAAUUUGGCCAAGAAGUAUCCACUUUUUCAGGCUUGAGGGCACGAAUGCCGAAUGUGUCUGACUGCCAGCUAGUUGUGGUAGUGUUGAACAUAGUGGACAGAUGUUUGGUUGUUUCUUAUUUGUGGAAUUCAUCUACAGGCAGGUCACAAGCUCUAUGUUACUAGGUUACAUUUCCCUGCUUAAAACACCAGGAUAUCGUAGAUUAAACUUGCUAUAAUUAAAAUUACAGGUCUUGUGAUUUUGAAAAUUCUACUUCAAAUGUAAUUACCAGUUCAGUAUUAACAAUGGAGAAUGCCAACUAUACCAAUUGCAAUUACCAGUUCAUUAUAAAAAAAAAAAAAGGAUUUCUUUUUAAGGAAUCCAGAGAAAUUCUUAUUCCACUUGUGGAUAGUUUGGCUUGUUCCAAACAUUACUUCUCGAAACAAAAUUAUCUGCCAACAGAAGUUGAUGAUUUCACUAGAUAAAAUGUCUUGCAUUUACAAACAGCUAAAAUAAGUCCAAUAAUCCUAUUCAAUAUUCUUACAACAUUAUCAAGUAGGAAAAAAUAGAUAUAUUGAUUAGUUUUAAGUAGAUUUUUCACUUUCCAAGGCAUGCGUAUGUAUGUAUGUAUGUAUGUAUGUAUGUAUGUAUGUAUGUAUGUAUGUACACACAUACAUACACAUAUUACCUUUUUUUUUUUUUGCACCUUGGGGACCACCGUUAUUUCAUAAAGUAAUGAAUACGCACAAAUCCAUAAAUUACAUCCAGUUGCCGCUAAGGACCAUUGUCGGGCCUAAAUCAUCAAUAGAGCCUUAAAAAUGAGUAACACAAAUAUUGCAUCAUGCAUUGCGUUUGCAGUGGUCAGCAAUUUUAAAAGCUUUAGGAUAGUUUUUGUUCUGGGUUGGGCCUGUUGGUUCAUGAAAACCUCUCAAAAAGAACUUUUUCCUGAGUUUUCUUUAGUUCUUGGGAAAGCAUCACUUUCAUUCGGAGCCCAGAAAAGGGUUAUGAAAUCAGCAAAAAACUCAUUCCUUGUUUGUUACAAUCAUCCCACUCUUUCUAUUUUUAAGGAAUCAGCUGUUGGAAAAUGUUUUGCAGAUUAAUGGAUGUUAUUUUACUAGCAGCUAACCUUUAAAUAUUUAAGGUUAGUUUAAAUAAAUAUUUUAAUAUUUGCAACAACUGGGUAAGCAUGUUUGUAAAUGGGUCAUAUAAUAAUGUUUCAUUGUGGACCGUUGUUUUGACUCUGAAUGCUUAAAAGUAAUUUUUGUUGAUCACUGGCAGCCACUUUCUUGAAUUGUCGCACAUAAUAAAAAAUGUUUUCCUCUCUUCUUUUAUUUAAUGGUCUGACCUUCUGGAAACAGAUUAGGUCAGGCCAAGAAAGCCUGGCUAACUACAAUUUAUGCUAAUGCUGAACUCUUUGAUAGCCAAAUUAGCAAUAUAUGGUAGAACUAGAUUCUAUUUAUGUUCUUGAGGAUUUUUUAAGCUAUAAUGCUUUUAGUUUUUGUUUUUUGUGGUGCCAGAAAAAUCCUUCAUCUACCUGUUCAAAGUCUUUUUUUAUAAUUAUUAUUAUUCAGUUGCUUUUAUACGCUGUACAGGAAGAAUGAACAUGCCGUUUGUGAUGUUGAGUCCACAAGGUUUGUCCAUAAGACACACUUAAUGGUGUUAGCAACGAAAUGUAAUUUUAUUAAAGAAACCACUCGGCGCCACUAAAGUCACCAAUGUAAACAAUGUAGCUACGCUCUAAGUAGCUGAAUGAAUGCUUUGCCCAAAGUAAUGUUAACAUUACGAAUGCAGAAUGAAAGCUAAAAUUCAGAAUUUUUUCACAACUUUCAAUCAAUCAAUACUCAUUUCUACAAGCCUGUCUGUGUGGUGCUGUUUCCUUAGUAAUAUUACAUUGAAUUCUUCCAGUGAUACUACAGUAUCAUUUAGUGCCUCAUGUUUUAAGUUUGCACCAAAUGCACUUUGUUUUUGUGUAUUUAAAGGAUGCCAUAUUUAUUGACAGUUAUUUCCAUGUGGGGGUGAGAUUUAUUAAAUUAUUGAGAGCAGUGUUUUUAUCCUUCUUGUCUUUCUUCGAGAGCCAUAUGUUGAGAUUGGUGUAAUAAAAAUGUUAGUGCUGUAAUAACUUCAUGUUCUUGAAUGGAAGUCAUUUAUUUAGGGAUAUCUAGCAGAAAAACUGUUUACUAAUGAAUGGAUGAUUUACUAUCAGAAAUGAACAGUGAACCUACACAUCUUCUGUAUUAUGUAAUAUUGAUGGGUAAAUAAAAUUGCAUCCAGUCUUGCCAA